AUGGGAAACAAGCACCCUACUCUUAACUUAGAUUAAGGCUUUCCAAAUAUCUUGACAUACCAGAAAAAGGAAAUUCUUAAAUCUUUUCAUAUUCUUGCUUUAUUUGAACUUGAAAUCAAGGACAGUACUCGAAGGCAUAGAUAAAGAGUCAUUCCACCAUUUUUGUCAGAUGCCAAUACAAUAUGCAGAAGCCCUGAGGACUAAUAAGAUAGAUUUAUAUUUGAUAUGUUCAACUUGGGCUAGAAGCCUGGCUUGGGUUAAAAGCAAAAGAAAGAGAUUACAAAGGAGGAGAUGAUAGCGAUGAUCUACAAUUUGCCUUAUCAGGGAAUAAUCACUUCUACUCUCAAGCAAGGGAAGUAGGAUUAGAAAAUAUCAGAUCCUGAUGAAGUAGAUCCCUCACUUUACACAUAUCAAAUUAAGAGAAACUUGAAUAAGAAUUCACAUGAGAAGUUGUCAAUUGGAUAGUUCAAGUUUUUACAGAUGAAGCCAGAUCAUGUCAAAUGCAUCAUUGAUUCAAUGAUAGAUUCUAUCUCUGAUAAUGGGUUGCUUACGUUUGAAUAGUUUAGACAAUGGCUAGAAAUAAACCCUGCAAUGAGAACUAUCAUAAAAGAAUCUGUGAAACCAUAACUCUGGACAUUAAAUGAAAAGGGUUUCGCUCAUUAUCAACCAGAUGGUUUAUUCUUAGACACUCGCGAAGACUCCAGAUCUUAGACUUUCUAAUAUCCUAAAGGCCAAAAUCUCUAAUCAAAGAAGCAGCAGAGCUCAAUAGCUAAGCCAGUUAAGAUAGAUAAUUUAAAGAAAAAGUAAAAGGAUAAUAGUAGCAUCUCUUGUAUAAGUAUGCAAGGCGCAUCACAAAAAUACAUUGCAAGUGAUAAAAAUGAACUUGAGGAUUUGUAACCAGGUGAAGUAGCCAUUGAAGGAGAGCUCUUAAAAUUGGGCAGAAAAACGGAAAUGUGGCGUAAAAGGUAUUUCGUUCUAAAGGACUCAACUCUAAUAUGCUACAAUAGUAAAAGUAGCAAAGGUCCAUCAAAUGUGAUAUACCUGAAUGGAUUAUACGUUGAAACUUAUUAUUCAAAGGGAGUUCAAGGCCUAAGAAUUUUUCAUGACUCAGAGUACUUUAAGGAAAAGAUGUUUUAUCACAAAGAUUAAAAAGUGAUCCAAGUAUGGUUGAAUAAAGUAAAGCAGCAGGCAUGCUACUAUGACAUCAACAAAAAGUAUCAGAAAAUGAAUCAACUCGGCAAGGGAAAGUUCUCUACUGUUUAUCUCUGCAGAGCCUAGGAAUCUGACGAGGUCGCAGCCAUGAAGUUAAUUGAUAAGAGAAAACUAACUGUGAAGGAGAGGGAAUUCCUAAGGGAGGAGAUAUAGAUUAUCCGUUCGAUAUCUCACCCUAAUGUAGUCGUGAUGAUUGAUGCAUUUGAGACUCUGACGAAUAUGUAUAUUAUGAUGGAGUGCAUGCAAGGCGGUGAACUCUUUGACCACAUCAAGGACAAUGAGAUCUCUGAGAGGGAGGCAGCACUCAUCACUUUCCAGAUCCUUGAAGCACUCUAGUAUUUGCAUCUGGCAGGUAUCGUGCAUCGUGAUCUGAAACCAGAAAACAUCCUAGUUGAGAGAGAUCCCCAGAGCAACGAAGUACAACACAUCAAGAUAACUGACUUUGGUUUGAGCAAGAUAGUAGUGCCUGGAGAGAUCAUGAUGGAUAGCUGUGGAACUCCUGCCUAUGUUGCUCCAGAAGUGCUCACUAAACAUGGUUAUCAAAAAGAAGUUGAUAUCUGGUCUACUGGUGUCAUUCUUUAUACCAUGCUUGCGAGAGCUUUACCCUUCCAUUCAAGUGACAGAAAGAAGACUUUUAAGUUGAUCAAAGAAGCAGACCCAGAUCUAUCAGGUGAACCCUGGGACACCAUCUCAGCAGAUUGCAAGGACCUAAUCUAGAAAAUGCUGAUCAAGGACCCCAAGGCUAGAAUUACAGUUGAUGAUGCAAUAAAACACCCCUUUUUCAAGAAAUACCAGAAGCACAUUAAUAACGUUAAAAACGAUUACAUCCCAAUGAUUGAUCAUGACACGGGACAGAUCAAGAAGCCAAGGAAAAGUUCAGUCAGUGGUUCCUAAACCAGCAUGCUAAGCAAGCUAAAAUCUAUUUAACAGUCACAGACUGAUUAUGCUGCAAUGGUAGAUGAAUCGCAAGAUGGAGUAGGGAAGAUCUCAUAGCAAAUCAACCACGUUCAGUCAUCAAUCGGAACGAAACCAUUCCAUCUUGAAUCAGGAAUGCAUCACAUGGAAAAACUGGAUUCUAUGGAUUCUCUUGAUGACGACCCCGAUCAUAAGGGCGAAAAAGUUAAGAAGUAAAGACUCAAGGAGAUUUAAAACCUAGGCAGUGGAAAUCAUAAAAAUCAAUUAGAUAAGCUUCACCUUGGUAUAGAUUAGCACUAGCAAUUCUAUUAGUAGUUAAAGCAACAGCAUGAAUAGGAUCUAGUCUUACAUCAUGUCUCAACAAGAACAUUCCAGCCUAUUAAAGGCUUCGACCUUGGUACACUCAUCUAAUAAGAGAAACAACAGAAAGAACAGCCAAAUGGAGUGUAGGCUCAGGCCCAGGAGAAGAAGAAGCAUAAUUUGAUCAUUUGGACGAAGAGCACGAGCUAGAUCAUCAUCUUUGAACCAAUAUCACCCAGCAGCAACAAUAGCCCUAUCACAUUUUAAUAUGAAGUCAAUAACAAUGUUAUCUCAUCAACUCUCAAAGGAGUUUGCAGGAACAAAACUGGCGUAAACAACACAACUUAAAAUCAAGCAUCAUCAGGUGGAGCAGGUGGAUCAAAGAAGAAGGGCAAGGUAAAGGGUCAAUACAGACAGGAGUUAACUGAAGCUCAAAAAGCUGAAAUAAAGGAGGCCUUUGAUCUUUUCGAUACCAAUGGCCACGGAGUGAUUGACAUGAAAGACUUAAAGGUAGCCUUGAGAGCUUUAGGUUUUGAGCCAGCCAAGGAAGAAAUCAAGCGUCUGAUUUCUGACUUAAAUAACAAUGGAGCUGGUUAAGGCCAGAGAGAAAGAGAGAAGGACAAGGAAGGCCAAGUCACCAUUGACUUCAAUGACUUCCUUGAGAUCAUGACUACCAAGAUGUCUGAGAGAGACUCUCCAGACGAGCUUGAGAAAGCCUUUAUUCUCUUUUCACUUAACAAGCCAUUCAUUGAGUUCGCUGACUUGAAGCGCAUUGCUAGAGAGCUAGGCGAGACCAUGAGCGACGAUGAGUUGAAAGAGAUGGUAUUCGAAGCAAAUAAAACAGAUAGAGACGGCUCAGUAGACAGGAAAGACUUCCUAAGCAUUCUCAAUAAAGCUCCUACUGUCUGA